UCCAAGAUGGCGGCCGGUGCGUGAGGCGCGACGCUGAGCGCGCGGUUCCCUUUCGCAGGCACUUGCCGCCAUGAAGGGCAAGGAGCGCUCCCCGGCCAAGGCCAAGCGGUCCCGGGGCGGCGACGACUCCUGCUCGGCGAGGGGUGAGCGGAGCAGCAAGAAACCCAGCAAUGGCGGCGGGAAAUCCGCGGGCGGCGGCUCCGGCGAGGGUGGCGGCGGCGGCAGCAGCAGCCGGAGGAGCCUUCACCUGGAGAAGGCCAGCCGGCCCAGCAGCCGCGAGUACGAGUCCGCCACGGUGAGCGGCGGCGGCGGGGGAAGCAGCAGCCGCCACGGCUACAGCGGCAGCAACAGCAGCAGCAAGAACGCGGAGUCCUCGUCCUCGCGUGGCAGCCGCGGCGGCGGCGGCGGCGGGGAUUCCCGGGCGCCCCCCUCCGACUCCGGCGGCAGCGAGUACAAGACGCUCAAGAUCAGCGAGCUGGGCUCCGCGCUGAGCGACGAGGCCAUCGAAGACGGGCUUUUCCACGAGUUCAAGCGCUUCGGGGACGUGAGUGUCAAGAUCAGCCGCCUCCCGCCCGGAGUCGGCGACGAACGGGUGGCCUUUGUCAACUUCCGCCGCCCGGAGGACGCCCGCGCGGCCAAGCAUGCUCGGGGCCGCCUGGUCCUGUACGACCGGCCGCUGAAGAUCGAGGCUGUUUACGUGGGCGGCGGCGGAGGAGGAGGGGGGGGCAGCGGGCGGCGGCGCAGCAGCCGAUCUCCGGCCUUUUUAGACAAGGAGUCGCCCUACGGAGCUGCGGCGGUGGGCGUAGCAGCCGCGGCCGCCGCCGCGAUCAGGCAUCCUGCAACCGGGGCGACGCAGAGGGCCCUUUCCCCGGCUGGUGGAGGGGCAGGGCUGGGCUACAGAGACUACAGGCUGCAGCAGCUUGCCCUGGGCCACCUGCCGCCGCCGCCCCCUCUGCCCCGGGAGUUGGAAAGGGAACGGGAUUACGGGGGCUUCUAUGACCGCGUGAGGCCUGCCUAUAGCCUGGAUCGAGUGGCUGGGGUGGCGGCGGUGGCGGUGGCGGCGGGAUUUCGUGGCGUUGGUGGCACAGGGACGGCCAGCGAGGAAGAAAUCAGUCCCGAGGAUGACCAGCGAGCCAACCGUACCCUGUUCCUGGGCAAUCUGGAUACGUCGGUGACCGAGUCUGACCUUCACCGGGCAUUUGACCGCUUUGGGGUUAUCACCGAGGUGGACAUUAAGCGGCCAUCGAGAGGUCAGACGAGCACCUAUGGAUUUCUCAAAUUUGAGAACUUGGAUAUGGCCCACCGGGCUAAGAUAGCCAUGUCUGGUAAAUUGCUGCUGCGGAAUUCUCUCAAAAUUGGCUACGGUAAAGCCACACCUACCACCCGACUCUGGGUGGGUGGCUUGGGUCCCUGGGUGCCGUUAGCUGCCCUUGCAAGGGAGUUUGAUCGUUUUGGAACUAUUCGCACCAUUGAUUAUCGGAAAGGUGACUCGUGGGCCUAUAUCCAGUAUGAGAGCUUGGAUGCUGCCCAGGCUGCUUGUACCCACAUGAGGGGCUUUCCUUUGGGUGGGCCCGACCGCCGCCUGCGAGUGGACUUUGCUGACACUGAACAUCGUUAUCAGCAGCCCUACUUGCAGCCACUGCCACUUCCCCCUGCCCACUAUGAUUUGGUGGCAGAAACAUCUGCUUUCGGGACACAUCGUGGAGCUCCACCUGAUCCGCUCCGGGGUGCUCGGGAUAGGACACCUCCGCUGUUGUAUGGAGACCGUGACAGAGAUCUCUAUCCUGAGACAGAGUGGGUUCCUCCUCUGCCUCCUGUUCGGGACAGAGGUAAUAGAGGAACUGUCUACGAUGCACUUGAAAGUCUGGAACGCCGGCGAGAUGGCUGGUCUCUAGAAAGAACCCGUGGGGAGAGGGAGCUAGGCAGCAGCAGUAGAGACCCAGCAAGGAAGCGGAGGCUGGUGGAGGAUGGAGGGCGACAUUUGGACCGUUCACCAGAGAGUGAACGAUCUUCAUCCCGAAAGCGGCACUGCCCUGCCGUGGCCUCUCCACAAGACCGUAGUCCUGAGCCAGGAGUGGGCAGAGACCGUUACAGCAGUGACACCGAACGGCCAUCCUCCCGUUUGCUUCUCUUGGAUCGUCCUUCCCCUGUCAGAGAGCCACAUAGGGGUAGCUUGGAGAGAAGCCAGAGUGAGAAGCGUGACCGUAAGAGCUCAGCAGAAAGAGAGAGAAAACACCGUGCGCUUGUGUCAGCUGCCACUCAAGAAUGUAAGAGCCCAGCUAAAAAGGAUGAGCACGCUUCAGAAGGGAGCAGUGGUGGGGGCUCUCGGCUGAAACCUCCACCCCCAAAGCAGCAGCAGCAGCAACAUCAGGAUGGAACCACAAAGCCUGGGUCCUCACCCAAACUAUGCCUGGCCUGGCAAGGAAUGCUUUUGUUAAAAAACAGCAACUUUCCAUCUAACAUGCACCUACUUCAAGGGGAUUUGAGCGUGGCCAGCAGUCUUCUAGUAGAAGGAGCAACUGGUGGCAAAGUUGCGCAACUAAAGAUCACCCAGCGUCUUCGUUUGGACCAACCCAAGCUGGAUGAGGUCACCCGACGUAUCAAAGUGGCAGGUCCCAAUGGAUAUGCUAUUCUGCUGGCUGUGCCUGGUACCACAGACAACCGUGCCUCAUCUGGGGCUAGUGAAGCUAACACCACCUCUACACAGCGGCCACUCAGAAACCUCGUGUCCUAUCUUAAACAAAAACAGGCAGCUGGGGUGAUUAGCCUCCCCGUAGGGGGCAACAAAGACAAAGAAAACAGCGGGGUCUUGCAUGCUUUUCCACCUUGUGAUUUUUCUCAGCAGUUUCUGGAUCCUACAGCCAAAGCCCUGGCUAAAUCAGACGAUGACUACUUGGUCAUGAUCAUUGUCCGUGGUGCAUCUUAAAACCCUGAUGCUUUCUCUUUACCUUGCUCUUCACACAGCCCCCUAGUUCCAGUGUCUGCCAGGUGCUAUGCGCUAAGCCUUAGCCAGCUCCCUGAAUAUAAUUUUAAUUAGAUCUGU